GCUGUUGCUAAGCGGAGCUGUCUGAGGUCGUGGAGAGGGGCGUGAGAAGCCGUUGUGGUUUGUCGGUGGUGCGCUGGUUCUGUUCGAGUCCCUCGGUUUGCGUAGUACAUCUGAGCCCAGCGGCAGGGUCCUUUCCAUACUCAAGGUGGAUCCUGCGAUGGGUCAUAACUGCAUGGUAGCCAAAAGAAAGAUCAGAUAUACUUCCUGUGGUGUCAGACUAAGAAAUAUGAACAGUUUUAGUGUCUUAAAUUCUUCAAGUUCAAGCUUUUGUGUGCCACAAGACCAUCAGUGUGUGAUGCUUGUCUAAGAAGCAGUGCUUGUGUGUAAUUUGUGAAUUGUGCUGUGAAUAUUUGUGCUGCAAACAAACCAAAGAUGAAAUUGCUUGAGAAUAGCAGUUUUGAAGCCAUCACAUCUGGCUUGCAACUUCUGACUGGCAGCAGCCGCAUAUUUGGCAGAGUGGAGAGCUACAGCUGUAAGAUGGUAGGCCUGGAGAAGACUCUGUACAAGAAGCUCAACUUUGAGCAAGGCCACAACCCGAGUGACUUGCAAGCUCUUUCACCACCAGAGAACAGAUAUGGAGUAUCUCCAAACACAACCUUCAGCCGGAGCAUGUCCGGCGACGAGGAACCCGGCUCGCUCUGUGACGUCAUCAGCCGCAAGACGCUGUUCUAUUUGAUCUCGACGUUGAACGCGUCAUUCCCGGACUACGACUUCUCAGCGGCCAAGUCGGACGAGUUCAGCCGCGAGCCUUCGCUGGCGAUGGUGGUGGCGAGCAUCGACACGUACCUGAGCGCCGCCGCUGGCGAGCAGUACAACGGCCUGCGCAACACACUCUGGCGCACCAUCGAGGACGAGAUCACGCCCAAAGAGUGUGACGUCUACCGCUACAACCCGGACCUGCAGAGCGACCCGUUCGGCGAGGACGGCUGCCUCUGGUCCUUCAACUACUUCUUCUACAACAAGAAGAUGAAGCGGAUCGUAUUCUUCACGUGCAGGGCGAUCAGCGUCAACUACAACAUGCUGCGUCUCGACUCGGGCUCGGGCCAGGACUUCUCCAUGGAGCUGGACGAGGACUACAUGCUGGAGCUGGAGGACGGCGAUAUGUAGUCGUCGGACCGCCAUGGUCCCCGCGCCGGCUCUCACCGCGACCGUGGUACCUUCCAAAACGGGACUGCGAGCUAGGCACGGACGCGCUGACGGCCGGUCCCCGGAGGACGAGGACGACGGCAGUCCCCGAGACGCGAGGACUGCAGUGGGUCGCGGAGGACAAACAAAGCACAGAGGACAGACAUGGUGUGUUUACCACAGACGGGCGAGGACUGCGAUCGUCCGGAGAUUGGGCGGGGCUUCUUCGCGUCGGGCGGGGACCGACCCGGCGACGCAUGGCUGGAGCCGUCGAGGACGUGUGUGUGUGUGUGUGUGUGCGACUGAGGUCCCUGGAGUGUGGACGAACGUUAUCCCGAUCGUGAGGGGCGGCGACAUUUGUUUUCCGCCGGCGUCGACGCACAACGCACCUAACCCCGAACGAACGUUUCCCGCGUGCUGCCGAGGGUAGCGGCCCCCACGCCACACGCUCUCCUCCGUGCGCAGAGAAAGUCGGUGGCAGGCGUUCCUCGCACGUUCUCCGCGCGCACGUCCACGUCGGGACCGACCGUCGUCGGUCCGCGGCGGCGCAUGGACGUGACUGGACCGUGGCCCGCACGGCUGCACUCGGCCGGGUGUGGGGCCGAGCUGAGUCUGCGCGGACGGUGUCGGAAGCGGGUGCGGCGCGGCCUGGCGCACCGAAUGUAUUGGUUGUUUCGGUGGCGCCGGCGGCGGCACGGCGGCGGACGACGGAGGGUCGCAAGGCGAGCUGGAGCGCAGCCGGUCUGCCAGCGCCGUCCCCAGACAUCCUUAGUUGCCGCCCGGCCCGCCCGGAGGAGAACGUCGUCGAGAGUCGUCUCCAGCCAGGUGUCGCUGUCGAUGGCUCGUAUCCAGUCGGGGUCCGCCCGUCCCCAGCCAGACCGCCCGUCCUCGGCCGUGACCCCGUAGGUCCCUACCGAGCCGGAGAUGGCACCGAUCCAGCGCAGGUGGCGCACUUGGCCGCCGGACGACAGCUCAGCCGCACCGGCUGGUGCCGCCGGUGGUACCCGGCUCCCGAAGCGGCGCUUCGGGGAGGAUGCAGGCCCGACGUACAGAGAGAAGCGCUAGUGUUAGGUUCACCUUGAAUAUUCCAAAAAGUGCAAAACUGUACAACAAAGCGCGGUGAUGGAUGUAGUGUACGGUGCAGAGUAAAUAUCUAUAUUUGCCCUCGUUUUUAAGCUUACGUCACAAUUGCAAUCGGUGUUUGAGUGUCCUUUAACCUUGAGUGAUUGAAUGUAGGGACAGUUUGGCGUACAAACUGCGAGAGUUUCGCAGCCAGUGACAUGCCGAACGGUUUUAUUUUAUUGCGUGCUAAUUUAGAUCUCUAUUGAAGCGUGAUAGUAUCGCCCGUAGUUUGUUGCGUUCGCCUUCAUUGUCCCCGUUCUUUCCAUCCACAUUUUGUCAUUUUAUCCUUGUAACCUAUGCUAGUCCUGGACAUGCGUUGCUUUUCGUUCAGUGGAACGACUCGUUGCCACUGCCUCCUGUUGGGUGAGGCGAUAGGCCCUCUUCGGUCCGUCGAUGUUCCCCAGAGGGCCGGGAUGCUGUACAGUUACGUUGCUUCAGGAAGCCCCCGGCCCACGGGCUGGGAUGAGUCGGGCGUAGCCCGCGUUUUGUUCGGACGUGAGUCCCGCGCCGCAGUAGCGUUAGUGUCCCGUCGCUGGGUUACCGUACGGAAUGCGUCCAUAGAUGCUCUAAUACAUUGCCUCACCGUAUG